GUGCCACUGACUAAUAGAUGGCACAAUGCGACACUUCCAGUUAUGAGCAUCAAGUUGCAUAUCUGUAAGAGGAUUGAUCCGACGCUGUUUCUCCAUUUUGGUAAUGUUCGUUGUUGAUCGUCUUAAUGUCUUUUGUGAAUAAUCAACAUCUUGUGAUACAAGACAGAGAUAAGUACACAAGGCAUGGAAUCUUCAAUGAAUGCUGAGUUGAUCACUCGUGCACUUAAUUUUCAUGGGCAACAAUUGCAGAAGCUGUGGGAUAGUGAGAGAGGAGAGGCUGACCUGGCGAAGAUUAAUGUCAAUGUGAAAGAAAUUGAUUUUAGUGUUUAUCAACAAAGGCAGAAACAGUUGAGUUUUCAGGACAGGGGUAAGAGGCUGAAACUUCAACAGUUCAUAAUGAAAAAGGCCACAGCGUUGUUUGACAAUUCUUUGGUGGAAGGUGAUAAUGAUUCACAGGAUAAACCUGUAGGUGAAGAAGAUUUCUAUGCUGCGAUGCCAUCAUAUGAUACAUUUCUGUCAUUGGAUAAACAGAGUAGAACAAAACAUUUCUUCCAGACAUUGAAGAAGGGUGAUAUUAUCAUCGGCUCUAUAAUCAGCAAGUCUGUCUCGGGGAUGAUGUUGAAGGUGUUGUGCACAGAUGGUGAAGGGGCAAAGUGUGUAUCAGAUAUAAAUGUCAAGGCAUUCUGUCCCACAUCCAACGUAAUCCCAGCUUCAGACAAGAAAUCUGUGAACUGUACCUACCUGAUGAAUGAUACAGUGUGCUGCGAAGUGCUGGAAGUGAACUCUGAUACUGAGAAGCUGGUGUGUGGAAUGAAGGGCGUGACACUGCCGCCUAACUCGGAAUACUCCUCGCGACUCGGCCGCAUCCACAGUGAUGAUUUCCCAGAAGUGUACAAGAAAAUGCAGGACUUGAAAGGUGAAACUUUCGAUAAAGUUUUGGAGAAGAGUCUUGGGUUCUUCAAUCCUAACAACAUGAACUACUUGGCAAACCAGAUGGGACUGGGGAACAGUAAUUUCUCAUACAUGACUGGUCUCAGAGGACGAUUCCCAGAACAGGAAUACGCACUGGAGCUUCGUCAGGUUCAAGCCAGUAAGUGGGCCUUCAGAAGUGUCGCAGAAGGCAUUGAGCACUUCAAGUCAGGAAGACAUUCUGAAGCUUUUCAGUGCCUAAAUAAGGCAUUGAACAUUGAUCCGCGCAACGUGGAAGGCUUGGUGGCACGUGGGGCAUUAUACGCAAACAGCGGUAGUUUUCAGAAGGCUAUCGAGGAUUUCGAGACGGCACUAAAACUGAAUCAAAACCAUCAAAAUGCUCGCAAGUACAUGGGAGAAACUCUGGUUGCUUUGGGAAGGAGUUUUGAGGAUGAGAACAAAUUUGAGGAAGCUUUGAAGUCGUAUGAAAAUUGCCUGGCUCUUAUUCCAUUUCACGAAGAAGCUCAGAACUCCAUUGAAUUCCUCAAGACGAAGAUUCUGAACAGUAGCAAGUUGUCUGAUUCGGAUGUCACAAUUCCUGGUUUGACAUCUUCUAAGACUCUGGAAGUGAAGGAGACGUUGAAACAGUUACUUAAAGGUGAAGAAGAGGAUGAGAAGAAAGAAAAGGAGAAGGACAGAUCAAAAUCUAAGAAGAAGAAGGACAGGAAGUCCAGAAAACGUCGUCGACGUUCCACAUCCAGUAGCAGCAGUUCAAGUUCUGCGAGUUCCCGCAGUUCGUCGUCGUCAUCUUCGUCGUCGUCCGAUUCCAGUUCUGGUUCCUCGAGGUCGGGCUCACAGUCUCGGUCUCGAUCCCCGUCGAGAUCUCGAAAGUCAUCCAAGAAACGAAGAAAGAGCUCUCGAAAGAAAGAUGACAAGAGGGAGAAGUCGUUGUCGCCACUGAGCAAGAGAAUGGCUCUCAUGGAUCCAACUCAUGAUGGAGAUGGUCUUACUGGUUUGAUAGCGCAAAGAUUGUCGCAUUAUAAUCCGCCAGCACUCCCAUUUACUUUUGCCCGGAGUGCUGCAGUUUUCCAGGCCGCUCCUGAUACAUUGUCCAAAGCAUAUGAUAAAGACUUGGAGUAUGAGCAGAGAGUUUGCAGAUUCCUGGAGCAGACAAAGGGUGAUUCAGAAUACGAGGAGAAGGUGCGGAAAUUCCUGGAAGAGACUGCCAGAUGGAAAAAGGAGCGGAAAGCGUUGGAGGAAAAAUCCAAAAAGAAAAAGAAGAAGGAUAAGAAGUCUCGAGAGAAAGAGAAGAGUAAGAAGAAGAAAAGGGACCGUGAUCGUGAAGAUCAUGAUAAGAAGAAGAAACAUAGAAGUAACAAGAGAGCAGAGAAGUUUGAUGUUAAAUCUUUUGAAGAACAGAUGGAGUCGAAGAAAUUUCGAGAUGCUCUGAGAAAGGAGCUUAGCGUUAAAGAUGAUUUGAGGAAACGCAAGAGCAUAGACGACGAAGAGGAAUUCUUAUAUGGGUCGGGUGAAGAGAAGAAGGAUCUUCGAUUGCUAGGAUUGGAUAACCUUCCUGAUCUGGAGGACUUGGAGUCCAAACUGAAUGCGUACUACGCAAAAGUUGAGAAGGACACUGGACUGUCAAAGGGCAGGGCUGAUGAAAAAACAGAGAAGGACAAGAAGAGGCAUUCAGCAAGUCCAGGGAAGGGGAAGCAUGUGUCUCCGAAAGUCAUGUUCGUUCAUCACGAUGACCCGAAGGUGGAGGAGAACCUGCGGAUGAGGGAGAAGAAAAAGAUGGAUAUCUUUGCUGAAUCUCCAUCACCACCUAGGGAUAAAGGUAAAUUGACAGAAUCGGAAGCUGCGACAGUAAUGGCUGCGAAGUGGAAAAUGCAGAUUGGUUCUGUGCCAUCAAGACUUAAGAAAAAGGAAAAGAUGCAGAUUGACAAGGAGCCAUGGGAAGAGGUAGAAGAGAAGAGAUUCAUAUUUAUUAAAGAUGAUGCUGACAAAGCUGGUAGUGAUGAAGAAGGUGAAAGGAAGAAGAAGGGAGCAGCAGAUGAGAAAUUCCAAGCCAGAAAGGGAACUGCGAGGGAUUUACCUGAUAAGAUUAAUUCUGAGAAGGCAAAAAACGAAGGUUCGGAUGAAGUGCGAGAUGACACCGUCAGCAAGACUCAGCAGUUUGUGGAGAAGUACCAGGGAGGUUUUCGUAUCAAUCCACGUGUGCUGGAUAAAAAAUCUGACGACUUACCUCCGCUUCCUCCAGGUGUCCCACCGAAGACUGCCUUUUCAUCUAUAGGCAGAGGUAAACCUGCGGUUGGCACGCCUACAGCAUCUUCACAACCCAAGGGCCCCAGAACAGACAGUGAGAGUGACACAUCAGAUUCAGAAAAGAAGAAAAAGAAGAAACAACAGCAGCAGCAGCAGCCACAACAGCAACAGCAACAACAACAACCCCAGCAACAGCAACAAACACAGCAGCUUCAGCCACGUGCAGGAGUUUCAUCGGGUGGAUCAUCACAUAGUCGAUCUCGGUCCCGUGAAAAGUACAGUCGUGCGUCGAGCAACAGCAGCUCACGUUCUCGUUCAUACAGAAAGAAUCGGAGCAGAUCAAAGUCUGGCUCUUACGAUCGUCGGCGAUCCAGGUCAGGAUCGUAUGGCCGAUAUGGAAGUCGUUCGAGAUCACGUUCAUACCCUCGAUAUCGGAGCUCUGGGUCACGUUCCCGAUCGCGUUCAUAUCGCAGCCGCAGUCGUUCUUACGAUAGGUAUUCGCGUAGCCGCUCUCGUUCAGAGGAAGGUCACUACCAUCGUCGUAGUAGAAGCCAGUCUGAUGACAGGCGAAGGAAGCACGAUUAUCAUAUGAAUAGAUAUCACCAGGGGCGAUACCCACGAAAUCGAGGCACUUACUACCGCCCUCGAUUCCAGAACUACAAGAAUCCGCGUGGCAGCUUUACACCACGUGGAGGUAGAAACUUUCAUCAGAAAUACCCUCAGGGAAGGGGCAGGCCAUUUGUUCAUCGCGGUCGAGGUCGCAGUAGGGGCCGCUUCUUCCAUUACAAACCUGGUUCUGGUUAUAAGGAUUACCACAAUCGUCGUUAUGAUGGGAGACCUCGAUCUAGGGACAGUGACGAUCGGCGAAGUUACAGCCGUGAGGAUGAUGAUCCGAUGAAGAAAGUGGAUGCAGUCAAAGAAAAAAUUAACAAAUACAUUGCAGAAGAAAAUAAGAAAGAAGAAUCCAACUCAGUUCCAAGCAAAUCAAGAGAUGAACCCCUAAGUGAAGGAGAAGCAGUCGAUGAUGAUGAUUAUGGGCUGCCCCCAUUGCCUCCUGGUGCAAAUCCCAUGUGGCCUGCCUUGAGUGUGAGCCUGGGCCUUCACAGUGACUAA